AUGUCUGUCAAGGGUCCACGUUCCUCCGCUUUACCCUCCUCCUCCUUCAUCCGUGCCUCCCAGGAUCAAGACUUUGACCCCUACACUUCACAAAGUCCUUCGCGCAGUCGCAAUAGCGGGUCGAGUCGCCCCUCUGCUGGCACGUCAUCGUCUCGUCAAGCGCUCACCGAAGAGACCAAUUCCAGUCGUGCCACCAUGAAGCGCUCCAGGUCGCAGGCGGACUUGUCUCAGCGCAGAGGGCUCAAACGCUCCCCUUCUCCAGAGGCCGACUUCCCGUCUCCAUCACCCGCAAGAACCAACACGCAGCCGACUGCUUCUACUAGCAAUGGCAUCCAGGGCGCAAAUGGCCGACAUGUAGCUCGCACACCAUCGAGAUCUCCGUCCAAGCGCAGACGAGCCGAAGGCACAUCGUCGCAGAUGACCAAUGGCACUUCACCUUCGCCUUCGCCGCGGCGGAAGCGGAACGCCGUGCGUUUGGUCGACUCGGAUGACGACGCGGAACCAGGCGAACAAGACGAAGACGAGCUUGACCUUGCAGACGCACCUCCCGAGAGCAUUGUUCCCGCAGACCUGGAAGCUGCCAACAGUGCGGAGCAGAAUACCCGAAAGCAACGCUCCGCAGACAAGUACCUUCCGGGCGCCAUUCGACGCAUUGCACUCUCCAACUUUCUCACCUACGACUCGGUCGAGUUCCGCGUCGGCCCUUAUCUCAACCUUAUCUGCGGUCCCAACGGUACCGGCAAGAGCAGUAUCGCUUGCGCCAUUGCUCUCGGUCUGGGGGGUCAUCCAAGUCUGCUCGGUCGUGCUUCUCACCUCGGCUCGUUCGUCAAGCGCGGCGAGACCGACGGCUGGAUUGAGGUAGAGCUGCAGUCAAGGCCAGGCACCGCCAAUCCGGUCAUUCGACGUACGCUCACCACCUCCAGCAACAAGAGCGACUGGUCUGUCAACGGUCGAUCCACCACCAAGACCGACGUGCUCGCCAUGGUAGCCGAAUACGACAUUGACGUCGGCAACCUGUGCUCCUUCCUCCCGCAAGACAAGGUGCACGAGUUCGCCAAGAUGACCGACGCCAAGCGACUGGUCGAGACCGAAAAGGCGGUAGGCGGUGCCAAACUUGUGCGAUGGCACGAAAAACUCAACCAGCACGGCAAGGCAGCCGCAGAGAUUGCCAACCAGCUCAAGGGCAAGCAGGAGGAAAAAGCGCAUCUCGAGCAGCGCAACCAGGCCCUCCAAGUCGACGUGCAACGUUUCGAAGAGCGACAAGAGAUCGAGCACCGGAUCGAGAAGCUUGAAGUCAUGAUCGCCAUGGCCGACUACAACAGGACCAAACAGAACGUCACCGACUUGCAGCAAGAGCGCGAAAGGAAGCGUCAAGAGCUGACCGAGGCCAUGGCGCGAAACGAGCCCAUCCGACAAAAGCGUAAGGACCUCGACGACAAGACGGGCAAGCUCAAAGUCGAGCUUCAGCGGCUCGAGAACGUCUACAGCAGCGACGAGAAGAAGCGUCGCACUCUCGUAAGAGACGUCGAGGACGUCGGAAAAGAGAUUGAAUCCAGGUUGACCGAGGUGGGCACGCUCACCCGCAAGGACCAGGAUCGUGCCCGUCGAGUGCAAGAGCUGCGCAAAGAGAUCGCCGACCGUUCUGCGCAGCUCGGCGAAGCACCAGGUGUUCAAGACACGGCCGAGAUCGAAGCCGAGUUUCGCGGCAAGCGCAAAAAGUACGACGACCUCAGCACACGCCGCGGCGACAUCCAGCGCCAGAUCGGAGAAGUCAACCUCGAGAGCCACACCAUCGACAAGAGCACCGACAACUGUCGCCAGCGGCUAGCUCAGCUAGACAGUGUGCCGCAACAGCGACUCGAGAUGCUGCGCAACGCCGACUCGGGUACCUACAAGGCCGUCUUGUGGUUGCGCGAGAACCAGCAUCGAUUUCGCAAGCCGGUGCACGAGCCAGUACUGCUGGAGAUCUCGCUCAAGGACCAGAGGUACGCCUCUGCCGUCGAAAACGCCAUUUCGUGGGUCCAACAAAAGACGUUUAUAUGCCAGACGCAGGAAGACUACCUUCUUUUCAACGGCGAAGUCAACGACAAAUUGGACUUUCACGUCACCAUCGGCUCGCAGCUCACGUCCGGACCGGAGAUGCUCCGACCCGACGUGCCGCGCGAAGAGCUGGCCUCCUUCGGCUUCGAUGACUACCUCAUCAACCUCAUCGACGGUCCGCCCGCCGUGCUCGCUUUCCUCUGCAAGCAGGCGUAUCUCAACCGCGUGCCCGUGACACUGAGCCAAAACACCGAUGUGGAGCGCAUCGAGCGAUCCGGCAAGUUCUUGCGCUUCGUCGCCUCCGGCGAGUCCUUCACGAUCAAUGUCUCACGCUACGGCAACAACAUCCGCCAAACCAUGUCCCGCCGACUCAGACCCGCCCGCAACCUGGUCGACGCCAUCGACAAGGACCGUCAGCGACAGCUUACGACGCAGAUCCAGCAGCUCAGUGCACAGAAGAAGGAGCUCGAAGGGAGAACCCUCCAGCUCAUCAAAGAGGACAAAUCUAUCCAGGGCGAAUUGGCGCGCCUGGAGCAGCAGAUGAACGACCUCAAGGCCGCCAAGCGCGACCGGGUCGGCGCACAGCGCGCCUGGGAGAAAGAGUCCGCGCUCAUCGAGCACCGUCGCCGCGAGCUGCGCGACAAGGAACGCGAGCCCUCCGCCGAAGAGAAGCGCGCCCGCCUGAUGAAGGAGGUGCGCAAGAUGGCGCAGCGUCGCUCCCAGAAGAUGGAGGAUCUGUGUGCCCAGACGGUGCAGAUGUCCAAGGUGGCAGACCGCAAGCACAUCGCCUCGCUCAGCAAGUGGCAGUGGGACGCGACGGCCGCUGGUCUCGAGAACCGGCUGCGCGAUCUCGAGGAGGGAGAGCGCGAGCUAGGAACAUUACUCGAGGAAGCGACCAAAGCGCACGCGCACGCGCGCAGAGAAGCCACCGAGCUGCGCAACCAGGUACAGCGGCUGAUCGACGAGGCAGGCGAGCUGAUCUCGGAUCUCGACCCGGAUGACGAUGAAUUGCUGGAUCUCGACCGACUCAAUGCCGAGCUGCGUGCCGAGCAGAGCAAGCUCGAGCUCGCCGAGGGUGUCCGCCCAGAAGUCAUUGAUCAGUUCCGCGAGCGACAGCGCGAGAUCGCGUCGAUGACGGCCGAGAUCUCCGACCUCACCGAUCUGCAGACCAAGACGACCGAUAAGAUCACCGCCCUGCGCGGCAAGUGGGAGCCAACCCUGCGCGGCGUCAUUGGCGAGGUCUCGCGUCAAUUCACCAGAGCCUUUGACGACAUGGGUCUCGCCGGCGAGCUGCGCAUCGUCGAGGAUCCCGACUUCGAAAAGUGGAAGCUGGAGAUCAUGGUCAAGUUCCGCAACGCCGAAGAGCUCGCCCCGCUUUCUGCCCAACACCAGUCGGGAGGCGAGCGCACGCUCAGCACGAUCAUGUACAUCAUGUCGCUCCUCCAGCUGUCACGCUCGCCAUUCACGCUGGUGGACGAGAUCAACCAGGGCAUGGACCCAACCGCAGAGCGGGUGACGCACAACCACAUCGUCGGGCUGACGUGCCAACCUCAUGCGAGCCAGUACUUUUUGAUCACGCCCAAGCUGUUGCCCGAUUUGGCGGUGCAUGAGCUGCAGAAGGUGCUGCUGGUCAAUAACGGCGUGUACGGCGAGAGGAGGUUCAACUUUGGCAAGGUGCACGAGGCGAGGAAGCGCGCGCUGGGGAUGCAGACAGGGAGGUUGGAGAGCGUGACGAGGGUCAUGCAGGGCGUUUGGGAGUCGAACGGGUUGAAUGGCGGGGUGAAUGGGCUGCUUCGGAGUGGCAGCGUUAGGAGCCGAAGUCGCAGUGUCCGACGCUAG